CUGUAUAAAUGAAAGGACAGUAAGGAGAGCAGAACAAACUCCUAACAGGAGGAGACUUACUCAUGGCCUAUGAGACAGAGGAUCAUGAGACUCAAUACUGCUUUCCUGACAUUAACUCAUCAUGUAUCAAGGGAAAACGCUCCAGACAUGAAUACAAUAUCAUUUACCUGUUUGUAUCAUUGCUGUCAGCAUGGACUGUGUUUCUGAACCUGCUGGUGAUCAUCUCCAUCUCUCACUUUAAAAAGCUUCACACUCCAACCAACCUGAUCAUUCUCUCUCUGGCUGUGGCCGACCUGCUUACUGGACUUAUUGUGAUACCCAUAGAGGGCAUCAAGCAAACUGAGAUGUGUUGGUACUUUGGAGACACUUAUUGUGGACUAUUUGUAAUUAUCGUUAGAUUGCUUCUUUCUACAUCUCUUAGUAAUUUAGUUUUAAUUGCUGUUGAUCGUUAUAUGGCUGUGUGUCACCCUUUACUAUAUCCACAGAUAAUAACCAUAACUAAAACUUCAACAAGCAUCUGUCUCUGCUGGUUUUGCUGUUCAGGUUACAAUAUUGUGUAUGUAAUUAGUAACGGAUAUUUUAAAAUCUCACACAAAACGUGUUAUGGUCAGUGUAUUGUCAUGGAUAGUCUUGCUUGGACAUUCAUUGAUUUGACUUUUUUCUUCCUAUUUCCUUGUGUCGUGAUCAUCUCUGUAUAUUUGAGGAUAUUUUAUGUUGUACAAUGGCAAGUGAAAGUUAUAAACUCUCUGAUGAAAGCUGGUAAAUGUGUAAUGGAAGGUUCAGUGAGGAGGAAAUCUGAGAGUAAAGCUGCUCUGACAUUAGGAAUCAUUGUGACAGUUUAUCUGCUUUGCUGGAUUCCAUUUUAUAUCUGUUCUCUAACAGAAACCACUACAGUCUCUUCCACUACAAUGACAUUUCUAACAUGGACUUUGUAUGUUAGCUGUGGUCUGAAUCCUCUUAUCUAUGCUUUAUUUUACCGCUGGUUUAAAAUAUCAGUUAAACACAUCCUAACUCUUAAAAUAUUUCAGCCAGCAUCAUCUCUGAUGGAAAUGUUUACAGAUUGUCAUUCAUGA